AUGAAUAAUGGUAAAUUUGAUGAAUUUAGAGAUUCUAGUGAAUAUAAUGUAAAAAUUAUAGUCGGUACUGAACCAAAUGUUAAAGAAUUUAAAGCUCAUUCGAUUAUAUUACAAGAACGUUCAGAAUAUUUUCAAGCGGCAUUAUCUAUAAGGUGGGCACGCGAACAAGAUGGAUUCUUUAUAAUCAAAAAACCUAAUAUUUUACCUAAAAUUUUUGAAAUUAUACUCAAUUAUAUUUACACCGGUAUAGAUCCAAUGGAUAACUGUGAUAAAUGUGAUGGAGAAGACUCACUUGAUAUCCUAAAAGCAGCAGAUGAACUUGAAUUAUAUAGUUUAAUCCAAAAUGUUUCAAGAUGGACAGAACAGGAAUUUGAAAUAUUAAAGGUUACAAUUUCACAAUAUAUACCAUUUAUAAGGUUUGGUUUAAUGUUACCGUAUGAUUAUGAGACCAAGGUUAGAGACCCCUUUAUGUGCAUUCUUCCUGAAGGGUUUGAUGAACGAAUUAUGGAGUACUUUUAUGGAUCUAGUAACUUAUGA